AUGCCAGUUUUAAGGAUCAUUUAUCCAGAGGCAUCGUUUAGAAAAGUGCCAGAAGAUGCAAAUCUGAAAACACUUUUUGACAGGCGAGAGGAAUUAUGCGUAAGUCUAUUCAGUCAGACCAAAGAGAGUGAUGGCCAGUAUAAACUAGCUGACCUGCCACUUGCACACAAUAAGGCCUCUCACUACAACCUAAGGAAUAAGGGAAUGUCUGUUAUGCCUGGUAUUAAAACCAAAAGGUUUCAAAAUUCCUUCAUAAUGCACCAUGCAGCAAAAGAACAAAUGUAAAUCUAAGUAUUUUUACUAUAUUUUAAUUGUUUAUAUUUAGAAUCUAUUAUUAUACGAUUUAUAUUUUUUGUAAUAUAUGCUUUUAAAAUUAUUUUAAAUUAUAUAAAUUGCGCAAGUAAUUCAGCAACUAGUUGUGAUUUUAAUAAUAAGACUUUGCUUAAAAAUUCCUCAUUGACAGAAAACUAAAUUAAACUUGCCCGUCUGUAAUUAGCAAAUCUAUCUCCUACAUCGUGUGGGGAACCCAGGUUUGAUAAGUUUCUAUCUUCUGCUGGGCUUCCUCGCCACACUACUUAUAAAUGACCCUAAAUUGUAAUUUUAUCUGGAUUAAGUAUAGAUUAUUGUGUAAUGAUAUUAAUAUAGUUAUUAUUAUAGAUUGUUGUAAACAACUGUAAUUUAUUUUUGUAUGUGUGUGCGUGUGUAAGUGGCAAACAAAUAAAUAGAUAAAUAUAUAAAACAAGAGUCUUUCUUUCAUGACGACUCUGUAGACGAACUCACACUGGAAUUGCGGUCGAGCAAGUCAGACUGCAUCACAAAUUGGAAGGCCUAAGACUAUUGAUCUUUUGGCGCGCAAAGUCGCUGAUUUUUUUAUCAUGCUGACGUCUAACAUGUAGCGUCAAAGGUGAUAUCUGUCCUGCAGAUGUUUCUGACCGUAAAGCGCGUCAGCAGCUGACCAUUGAAAAUGUGUGACUCAAAGAUGUGGGCCACCACAACUUUGUCAUAGUUGGAAAGUAUAUUGGUAGGGCUUUCCCAACAUGGAGUCAGCUCCUCCUCGUCUGGGGUUAUGGGUGACCACCAUUUCCACUUUCAAGUGACGAAGGUAUGUGUACUGCAUUGCCUCGUCCUGCGAGUUUUCCUCCUCUUCGUCAUCGUGCUACUUCCGGAUGUUUUUCAGCGGGGAGUACGCCCUGGCACUUCUCUCCGCGUUGACCUGCAGUACGUCGUUUUUGUCUACUGUUGCCUUUCUGUUGCCUUGCUGUUGCCAUGUGGUGGUGCACAAGCCGCUUCUUCGCCACUGGCAGGUCAAACGUGGAAGAGGAGUACAUCUCUGCGGAUACUGGUCUCAGUGAUACUCUUGUUAGGACGCAUCCCUACCGUCUUGAAAAUCGCAGUCACCCUCUUCCCUAUGGUUUCUGGUGUGAAGGCUAAACCGUUGUCUUUGACGAACAAAUGGUCCUUCAUCCUCGUGGGCGAAUUGAGGCCUGAUGUGUUUCACAAAGAUGGUCAUCCACCUGUGCAGCGCCUCGUCCGGGACAAUUUCUGCCGGACCUUGGUGGUGCGUUGUCUUGUGUUGGACUACAAGCAACGUCCACGUCUUGGUCAAAAUGCUGCACAAGCGCAUUCUCCAAGGGCCUGGGUCUUGACGCGUUUGGAAGAAGGCAUGUUGUCAGCAGAAAGUCUCAACUCUUUGAGAAAUCCCUUUUUGAAAUACUCUCGGCCUCCAUGCCUAACCUCAAGAUUUUCAAAUCCCUCCUUGCCAGCUUCAAAGUCUCGAAAGACUUCAUAUCCUUCGGUGUAA